GACAACGCUGAUUCGAAAGUAGCAAGAUAGUACAAUGAAGAAACGAUAACUUGAAUAAAAAAUUAAUAUUAUUAGACUAUUUGGUUUAAUUAUAUAAAUAUAAAUACAUAUAUUACUUUGUUGUAUAUAAAAUUUACAAUAAUAUUAUUAAUAAUAAUCAAUGUGUACAACGUAUCGAAAUUGGCGUUGAAAAAUAUAUUUUAAUUUUUAUAUUAGCUAAUAAUUAGGAUUAUUCUCAGGAUUAUUUUUUAUUACAAAUUUGGUCUAUAAUAUAAUGCCGGCCCCUAAUUUACUUAGCGUAGCCGUUAUUUGCUCCAGUAAUAUGAACAGGAGUAUGGAAGCACAUGCCUUCCUAAGUAAAAAAGGCUUUAACGUUAAAUCUUUUGGUACUGGAGAUAAAGUCAAAUUACCAGGAAAUGCUCCAGAUCGUCCUAACAUUUAUGACUUUGGAACAUCCUAUGAAGAGAUCUAUAACGAUUUGUUAAACAAGGAUAAACAAUAUUAUACACAAAAUGGACUGCUACACAUGUUGGAUAGAAACCGUCGGAUAAAACCUAAACCUGAAAGAUUUCAAUUAUCAAAAGACAAAUUCGAUAUUUUAAUCACAUGUGAAGAACGUGUAUAUGAUCAAGUAAUCGAAUGCAUGGAAUCGAGAACUCAAGAAGACAAUCAGCCUGUACAUCUUAUCAAUAUUGAUAUUCAGGAUAAUCAUGAAGAAGCUACAGUUGGAUCAUUUCUCAUCUGUGAAUUAGUCACUGUGUUGGCUAACAGUGAAGACUUAGAUAAUGACAUAGACGAAUUGCUGCAUGAAUUUGAAUCGAAAUUUGUUAGAACAAUUUUGCACACGGUACUUUUCUACUAAAAAUGAAUAAUGCUAUUAUCAAAUUGAAAGGAACUGACGAUGUUCUUCGAAUCUAAUUUAUAUAAAAAUAACUUAAUUAUGUAUGUAAUUUAAUUAUCCUUUUCUGAAUUUAUUGAUCUGGAUAUUUAAGGAUCAUAAUUAUGAAGAAUGAUAAGUGCUUCCUAUUUAAAUAAUUAAAUCAUUUUCGGUUAAAGAAAUUUUAUAAAUCUUGCAUAUUUAUAUAAUAUGUAUAAAAUUUAUAGCGAAUAUCUGCGCCAAAGUAUCAAAUUGUAUUGAGAAAUAGGAUGUCGAUGUAUAUAUUUAUGUAUAUAUUUCGACUAAAUAUUAGUCUGAAUAAACAUAAAGGUUACAAAAACG